AUGAAAUACCUGUUUUUUCCGUUCGUGCUUCUGUGCGCAAAGGGGCUUCUCAGGAACAGAGGUAGCGAUAAGGCGGGUCUCCACAAGGGGGCACUGCUAAAAGGAUUCUUUGCGCAACCCCCAACAUCCAUCACCCCCUACCACUUGGACUCGCACGAGGGGGGAAAGGACAAACCGGAUGGCACACCCAAUGGCGGCACCUUCUCCCCCGAGAGAGGAACCCCCCACGGAAUAGACGAAAGACAAUCAAGUGACUAUGGAAGCGAAGCGGAGUUCGCUUCGACAGACUUCCCAUCGGAGGUGAGUUUCCUGCAGGAGUGCACAAUUAACAGUUGCUUGAGUGUGGAUAAGGAUGAGGUAGACGGAGUGGCGGAGACUGAUGAGAUUGGCAGAGGGACGGCCAGUAAUGCGGUAGGCAGUGUGGCAACGAGUGAGAAGAAGGACGAACCGACGAGCGAAUCGAAGAGCGAAUCGAAGAGCCAACCGAAGAGCGAACCGCGGGGAGGCCCCCCAAAAGAACAGCAGGGUAUUGAAAAAACGAACCAACCAAAGGAAGAUCAGAGGAAGGAUAACAUAACUGUUGACAUGGGUACAGAAAAAGACGACGAUGAGAGUUGCAUCCUAGAAGGAGAGACGAAGACGCAAGAGAAGGGGAAAGAGGACACUUGGGUGGAGGAGAAAAAUGUCGAAAGGGGGGCCACUGAAAUGGAGGUACACGUGGAAGGGAAGGCGGAUCUCCGAAAUGAAGGAAAAAAGGGGGGAGGCCAAAAGGUAAGUCAGAGUGACGCCCAAGCGGCAAGCCGAAAAAAGGACGCCAAAGCAACGGAACAAAGUGACAUCCAAACGGAAAACCGAAAGACCUCCCAAGGAGAAAUGGAUGACCUGCAGGAGAAAGAAGUAGAGGAGGAAAAGGAAGACAAGGAGGAUUUCGAGGGGGAAGACGAUGUGGAGGACUUAGAGGAGGCAAAGUAUGCAAAGGAGGAAGACGAUAUGGAGGACCUAGAGGAGGCAAAGUAUGCAAAGGAGGAAGACGAUAUGGAGGAUCCUGAGGACGAAGAAGAAAAGGAGGAGUACCAAGUAGAGGAGAGGGAAUGGGGAAAUAAAACUAAGAGUGAUUACCAGGGGGAGGAGAAAAUGGAGGGUUCGAAAAGAAUUGGUAAUACUUUGAGGGAUGUAAAAAAAGUGGACUCAAAAAUGGAAAAUGCUUCAAAUGGAGUAGAAGACAAAUGGGGAUCACCACCUGGUAGCAAUUCGAACGGGGAAGAAGCCAAAGCAGUCGAAGGAGUCAAAGCAGUCGGAGGAGUCAAAGCAGUCGAAGAAGCCGAAGCAGUCGGAGGAGUCAAAGCAGUCGAAGCCGAAGCAGUCGAAGCCGAAGCAGUCGAAGAAGCCAAAGCGGAGGCUCAAAAGAGCACUAACACGAUUAUCGUGGCGGAAAAAACAGAGCUUCCCAUCGUUAGCUCAAUACAGAUAAGUGACUCAAAGGAGAGUUUAAAACUCAGUGGUUACACAAAUGGGGAGGAGGAAAAAAUGGUUCCUCCAAACAAAGGCUAUAACGAUGGGGUAGAGGUGAAUGGGGGAUUGCCGCGAGGUGGAAAUCCGGAGGUGGGAAAAGAAUUCCCGAAGAGCAACGACGUGCAAAGUGCAAAGGACAUGGAAGGGGACUCCGUCAAAGAAAACGCAGCGGGAGAAAAAAGUGAAGAUAAUGGAGGUAACAAACAGCAAAGAGGGAGUAAGCAUGGGGAGGAAGAUGCUGGAGAAAGGAAAGCAAAAAGGAGUCAGGGUGAUGCCUAUGGUGAUGCCGGUGGUGAUGCUGAUGGUGAUGCCGGUGUUGAUGCCGAUGUUGAUGCCUAUGGUGAUACCGAUGGUGAUGUCGAUGAUGAUCCCUAUGGUGAUGACGAUGCAGAUGCAGAGGGAGGGGAAGAUACGGAAGAGGACGAGGAGACGGACAAAGGAGGGAAGGGGAGCAAAAAAAAGAAUGAAGUCCCAGCCGUGGAUAGUAUUGAAAAAAAUACCGCCGAAGGGGGAAAACCUCAAGGGGACGCAGCAACUAAUGCAGAUAUGCACACUUGUGAGGUUCCCCAAAAGGGUAAGAAUCGGGAGGACGAAGAAUUACAUGGAGGAGCGAGUCCACACAAGGUAGUCCCCCCCUCUGAGGAAACCUCCCUUGGAAAGAAGAGCAUACAGGAGAAGGUAUCUCCAACCCCAGCUGUUGCUGUUCAGUUGAACCAGCAGCAGGGUCAGAAGCUGGGUCAAGAGCAGGGUCAAGAGAAGAGUCAGGAGCAUGGUCAGAAGCAGGGUCAGGGGCAGAACCAAAAGCAGGGUCAAAAGCAGGGUCAAACCCCAAAGGAGGGUCAAAAGCAGGACGAAAGACGAAGCAAGAAAGGAGGAAACAAUUACGAAUCCAAUAUGUAUACACUGGACAAAAAAAUGCACAAAAGUUUGUCGAACGUAGACGCCAUUUUGUAUGGGCUGAAGGAGAAGUUGAAUCGCCACAAGCAUUUGAAAAACCAAGAACUUAAGCUAAAGUUCGAAGCCAUGGGGAGGAUCAAAGAGUACAAGUUGUACAAGGACCUGAUGCAGAAGUCGGUGGAGAUAGUGACCCUUCGACUGAUGAAGAUCAACGAAGAUUUAAAAAAGUUGAAGAAGUCAUCGGAUAUAGCUCUGCAAAAAUAUAUUAACGAGAAUGGCUACUGGUUGAUGAAUUUCUCCGACUGGGCAAAAUACGACAAAGCGCAAGAAAAGAAGGUAGCCAGCGGAACCAAAAACAGAGGAGAUGAAAAGAAGAACAAGUUGUUCUGUCCAGUGGACUGCUACAGGAAGAACUGCCACAACAAGCCAAAUUACCCAACUCAGUGCUAUAAAUUAGAGCAGAGAGGAAGUCAAAUUCAAAAAAUCUGCGAGCCGUUUGUGGACCUGCACAGCGGCACAUGUCCAACUGACUUCCACCACUGCGCCAUAGCUGAGCCGGAGAGGAACAAAAAAUAUUCUAUCUUUGCCUGGGGAUACAACUUGCACGAAUGUCUGCAGCUGCUCGUAGUGAAUAAGGGAUCCACGUGCUCCCCAAGCAGCAUCAAAAAAAACAUUUUGGAGUCCGAAGACAUACUGCUGGAGCCUGUCUCCACCAAGUUGCUGCACAACGAGAUCCUCCUGAAGAACAUCAAGAUAAAGACCCCCGGGGAGUACAACAUCUGCUUGGCGCAGUUCUACCAGCAACCGGACGCGGAGGAUCUACUGACUGAGAACGCCUCCAAUAGGAGCGGCAAGCCGAGCAAGCCGGGCAGGGCGAAUAAGGCACAGAAGAGCGACAUACAAAUUUUGGGCAUCGAUACCAUAGGCACCUUGUACGUGCUGCCGACUCCCUCGAGGAAGUAG